AUGGUUGUGGUAUUAGCAGUUCAGACUGAAAAUCCACUGGUUUUGAUUGAUGAAGUUGAUAAAAUAGGUGGAGCAAGUUAUCAUGGUGAUCCAUCAUCAGCACUGCUCGAAUUAUUGGAUCCUGAACAGAAUUCCAAUUUUAACGAUCACUUUCUGGAUGUGCCGGUUGAUUUGUCGAAGGUUUUGUUCAUUUGUACAGCAAAUGUGACGGAUACGAUUCCGGGGCCGCUAAAAGAUCGCAUGGAAAUGAUCGAAGUAUCGGGAUACGUUGCUGAAGAAAAAGUUAACAUAGCACAGAGCUAUUUGAUACCUCAGUGUCGGAAAGACAGGUAA